UAAAUGCCAAUACCAUAAUCUUUCAAUGCCUCACCGAUAUUUUGUCAGCAACUCAGCAUCACAUCAAUCCAACAAAACCCCGAAACCGACGAAACAAAAUCCCCUUUCGCCUCAAAAAUAAUUUUCCAGAGAAAACUCCCGUAUUUUCUAUCCAAACAAACACCCCAUCUAAUUUCAAAAAAAGCCCAACCUGUAAGAAACCCUAGAUGUCAACGUCAAGCCAACCCCAGUUUCGUUAUACCCAGACGCCAUCGAAGGUCCUUCAUCUCCGAAAUCUCCCAUGGGAGUGUACGGAAGAGGAACUCGUCGAGCUUUGUAAACCCUUUGGGAAGAUCGUUAACACUAAGUGCAAUGUUGGCGCCAAUCGAAACCAAGCUUUUGUAGAAUUUGUGGACUUAAAUCAGGCUAUUUCGAUGGUUUCAUACUAUGCUUCAUCGUCGGAGCCAGCACACAUUCGUGGAAAAACUGUCUAUAUUCAAUAUUCAAACAGACAUGAAAUUGUCAACAACAAGAGUCCUGGAGAUACCCCAGGAAAUGUGUUGCUGGUUACAAUUGAGGGUGUGGAAGCUAAUGACGUGACCAUUGAGACCAUUCACUUGGUAUUUUCUGCAUUUGGUUUUGUGCACAAAAUUGCUACUUUUGAGAAGGCUGCUGGAUUCCAGGCAUUAAUCCAAUUCACUGAUGCUCAAACCGCAUCUGCAGCGAAGAAUGCCUUGGAUGGGAGAAGUAUUCCUAGGUACUUGCUUCCAGAUCAUGUUACUUCUUGUAACCUGCGAAUCUCGUACUCUGCACACACUGAUCUGAAUAUCAAGUUUCAAUCUCAUCGGAGCAGGGACUAUACCAAUCCAUACCUUCCUGUGAAUCCCACUGCAAUGGAGGGACUUAUGCAGCCUGUAGUUGGCCCCGAUGGAAAAAAGCAAGAACCUCAGAGUAAUGUGCUACUUGCUUCUAUUGAAAAUAUGCAGUAUGCUGUGACAGUUGAUGUUCUUCACACGGUAUUCUCUGCAUUUGGAACAGUCCAAAAGAUUGCAAUAUUUGAGAAGAAUGGUGGAACACAGGCGCUAAUUCAAUAUCCUGAUGUCACAACCGCAGCUGUUGCUAAAGAAUCCUUAGAGGGACACUGCAUAUAUGAUGGUGGCUAUUGUAAGCUUCAUCUAUCAUACUCUCGUCAUACUGAUCUGAAUGUAAAGGCUUGCAGUGAUAAAAGUAGAGAUUACACAAUCUCAGACCCAAGUUUGCUUGCAACACAAGUUCCUGGUAUGCCUGCUGCUCCAAAUGUUUGGCAGAAUCCUCAGGGUGCUCCCUUGUACCCUGGGACUGACUAUGCAGCUUCAGCUGCAAUGCAGGCUCAACCCUCUGCUGGACAAGUUCCUGCUUGGGAUCCAAAUUUACAGGCUAGACCACCUUACGGAUCAGUUCCUGGGACUGUUCGUGGUCAAACAUAUCAAGCAUCCUCAGUCCCUACAUAUAUGAAUGCUACAAUACCUGCUGCUUCAUCACCACUGUCACAACCCGGUUUGUCUUCCAUGAGAAUGCCACAGCCAGGGGUUAAUGUUAGACCCGAUGGUGCACCAGUGCCAGGUCAGCCUCCUUAUUAUGGUCAAUGACCUGUGUCUUUUCCUCCCUUGAAUUGAAACGAGCCCGCUGGUCUUCCCAUCGUAUAUUUCUGGUAAAGAUUCGCCUAUUGGAUCACUUGGUGCGCAGAACUCGGAGCCUUUAUGAUUGAAGUUAUAAUUUUGUUGGCUUGGAAUUUUUUUUUUUUUUUUUUUGUUUUUCUGAAACCAUCUCCAUCAAUGAUGUAAAAGGAGGUUACAUUCAUAAUGAAUUGAUAAAUGAAUGUAAAAAACAUGCUUUCAUGCUAUAUUAUCCUGCAGCAAAUUUUGCCUUUAGAUCUCUCUGUAAAUUGAUGCUUUGUUACUUUCGAUUUUGAAAUGACGUUGGUCCCUCCAAUUCCAGCCACCUAAGUCCUCAGUUUUUUCUUUUUCUUGCAUG